UCAAAAUCCAACACUCCACUUAGUAGUCCUCAAACAAACAUCAAUGGCAGUUUCAACCUCAUUAUCUCUCUCAAAACUUCACAUUCUUCCAAAACAAAAACAAACCCAAUUCACCUUGUCAACUAAAGCUCCAAACUUUCUGUUCUUUUCAAGAAAAAGAGCCCAAUUUCCAGUACCCAUUAUCAGUAUUCCAUCUCAGAACUUGAAAUAUAAUGCUGCCACUGUUUUGGGUGUCACUGGACUUGGUUUUACAAUGUUAAAUGUGGGACCUGCCUCUGGUUCUGAAUUAGCUUUAAUGGGUUCUUCAUUCCAAUUUAAUGAACCCUCAAAUGCUCUCUCAUUACACACUUGGGCUAGUCAUGUUUCUAGUGUUGUUGAGUGGGUAACUGCUAUGGCUCUGGUUUGGCAAUACGGUGAGAAGUCAGGUUAUGAAUCUUGGAAGGGACUCUCCUGGGCUAUGGUGCCUCUGCUUGGAGGAGCACUCUGCGCCUGCACUUGGCAUUUCUUUUACAACUCGGAGUCUCUUGAGGUAGUAGUUGCUCUCCAAGCAGCUUUGACAGUAAUAGGUAAUGCCACAAUGUGCUUUGCAGCAUUCCGGAUAUACAGAUUGUCACAGAAGCAUUCAAAAGAGUUGUGAGCGUCGAGUCCAGUGUACUUUAUCCAGUCUCCUCGCCCCGAGCAGUUUUCUUUGUCUACCUGGAAUAGGAAAGAAUAUGGCGCGUACUGAGACACGAUGCAUUGAACGCGAUGAAGUGGUGGCUUCAUAGGAAGAACUAAGAAGUUUUUAGCAAGCUGCUGCCACUAUGGACUAAGCUAUCUCGGGAAGAAAUCAAAAGCGGAUCCAGGAUUUGAAUUUGAUAGGUUCGUCCUUUAAGGGUCUUAGACUGAACUUAUGUGUACUUGACAAUUAGCUUUGACAGAUUUUAAUCACAUUUAUGUUAUAACUGUAAACAUAUUCGAGACAAUAGCCCUGACUUUUUUAACUUAACGUAUUAAGAAAAUUCACUGUUAUGUAUUUAUUAUGGUUGGAAAUUA